UUAUAGGUACAGUAAAUGAAACCUUUGCGCCCCAGAUCUACUGUAGUAAAUGUCAUUAUUUCCUUUCUGGAGUAGCCUUCCUGGAUAUUGUUGUAUUCACGUGGACUGUGUGAUUUCAGAGUGUGCUCAUGCAUGGGUGUCAACAAUACACACAUUUCAGCAGUUGGCAAGUGAAGCCAGUAGGGGGUCGGAUCUCAGUCCCCUGAUCUCCAGCCGCACACUCUCGACCAAGUUCAGAUCUGCGCGGAUCUCCAGUAAAAGAGGGGGACACUUCCCUCUCCAGCGUAUCACACAAGCGAUGCGCGGGUGGAUGGAUCGACAGGGUCAUGAAGGUAACCACAACCUCCGGGUUGCUUUCGGGGGGCUGUUAUCGCAGAAGGAGCCUAUCCAUAAUUAAUAAUCCACGGAGAAGCGAUUCGGAGCGCAACCACCGGCGAGUCAUGUCACCAUCCGAGAGCCGCGCAUCCAGAAGAGCUGACGAGGAGGACAAAGGAGGAUGAAGGAGUCAGGAGGAGAGGAGGUAGAGGAGGAUUAUAAUGAAGUUGAGUGGCAAAGGACUGUGCACCAUCGUCUCCAGCUGCGUGCUUUUCGUCUGCGCCGUGAGCGCAGUGGUCGUGGGAUUCAGAUGCGUCGCUUUGGGCUCCAGGGUGCGAGCGCACUUCCAUCUGAGCACCGUGGCCGGCGCGUUUUACUCGGGGAUCCUGGUGGCUCUCGGGCAGGUCCUGAUGGGGACGGCGCUGGUGUUUUGCCAAGGCAAGCCCAAGUGCGGGAAUUUCUUCCUCUUUGGGAUCUUAGUGUUUCUUCUGGGGGUCCUCACCGCGUUCUCGGGCGCGGUGGUGGACGGCGACACGGUGUCGCUGGUGGAGAGAAAGUACGCGCACUAUUGCGAGGAUACGGUGGAUGUAGACUCGGCGUGCGACCGGCUGAAGGUCUACCAGAGGGGUCUGGUGGCUUCUACCGUACUUAACACUCUAGAGUGUCUGCUCGGGCUCAUGAACUUGGUGAUUAUUAAGCGCUACCAAGCGGAGCGCGUUCACCGGAGACGUCGCAUGCAGAGGCGGAGCGCGCGGACCGUUGUCCUCAACGACGAGCGCAACUUCGCAGUCAGGGAGUUUCAGCCGGUGUCCUACAUUAACCUGGGAGUGUUUCACGCCUUGGACGAGACGGACGGGGAGGUCCACAGCAGGGGCCAUCCCUCCAUUGAGCUCCCGGGGUAUUCGCCCUCGAAUCCGGAGCUUAACCACACGUACCCGUUUUCGUUCCCACUUCACGAGUUGCCUCCUGCCUACGAGGACAUAUUCCCCGGAGAGGAAAGUGACACGUGAGCUUGGAUCCUGAAGUUUUGCAGAGACAAUCAUGCGUUCUGCGCACUGAACCGAGAUCUGGAUGACAGGUUUAUAUAUUACAGUGAAUAGCUGUUACCCAAUGCACUUUUUAUUCAUUGGAGGUUACAGCACUUGCUGACAAUGAACUGAUGUCUCUAUACUACAACCUUUGAAAGGUAAACCUAUAAAGCAAGAAAAGUUUAUUUAAGAAUACACGGAGGAUCCUCCUGACUUAUCGUGUGUUACCAAUUCAUCCCCAAGUCAAAAGACAUCAUAGGUUUAUGUACAGGAUUCUUAUUGGAGAUUUUUAGCAUAAAUGAUCCUCAUAGAAGGGGUUUAACAGAACAAACAAGAACCCACUUUUGGGCAAAUAAAAUGUGAAAAAUACACGAGGAUUUUAAAGAAAAUUUACAAGUGGACCAUUUCAAGUCUCGAACAAGAAAUCCUCUACACAUUCCUGAUGAUUUAUUUUGUUUGACUCAGAAUGCCCAUGUAGAUUCUUGAUGUUGCGCUAUAGUUUUCUUUGCCCAUCUUGCUUAUGUUUAGCUUCUGAAUAAAAGGUGUAUUUACUCUC